AUUUUAUUUGUGAAGUGUCGUAAAUUUGGAGUGACGCGUUCCUUUACGGCACGAGCUCUCACCACCGCACCGUCUGGGAGUAGUCGUGCAUCCUUGAAUCGAUACGAAUUUGUACUCCAGUAAAGGCAAUGGCAAAGUUCCAUGCACCUGUGAUCCAGGACAACCCAUCAGGAUGGGGUCCUUGUGCUGUUCCUGAGAAGUUUAAAGACAUGCCCUACCAGCCUUUCAGUAAGGGAGACCGACUGGGAAAGGUAGCAGACUGGACUGGUGCAACAUACCAGGAUAAGAGAUACACAAAUAAAUACUCAUCUCAGUUCGGAGGCGGCAGUCAGUAUGCUUAUUUCCAUGAGGAGGAUGAGACCAGCUUCCAGUUGGUGGACACUGCUAAGACUCAGAAGACCGCCUAUCAGAGGAACCGUAUGCGGUUCGCUCAGAGGAAUCUUCGGAGAGACAAAGAUCGCAGGACCCUUACUCAGUUCAACAUGCAGACCCUGCCUAAGAGCGCCAAGCAGAAGGAAAGACACUGA